AUGGUUUUGUCAGCCGUCUUUCUGCCCGAGACCAGUCACGGAAAGUGGUCCGAAGAGUUGGAAGGUUUGACGGUGAAGGAGAAAUGUGGCCAAAUCUGGGAGUGGGCGAACCCGUUCAGAGUUAUCGCUUUGUUCAAGUACCCCAAAAUUCUCAUUGUGAUCCAGGGAGUUGCCGCAUCUUCAGUCCUAUGGAACAUGCAAGUCCUUCUCACACCAGUGCGAUAUGUUAUAAACCCAAGGUUCCAACUCACCUCCCCAUUGCAAUCCGGGUUUUUCUUCCUUGCCCCUGGUGCAGGUUAUCUCGUUGGAACUUUCUUUGGCGGUCGUUACGCCGAUAGAACGGUCAAACGAUGGAUCACCAAGCGUGGAAAGCGUGUGCCCGAGGACCGACUACGAAGCGCAUUCAUCGCGAUGGGUGUAGUGAUUCCCGCGAGCACCAUCAUUUAUGGAUGGGCGAUCGACCAAGCUAAAGGCGGCAUCCCCCUCCCCGUCAUCUGCAUGUUUGUGCAAGGCGUUGCUCAGAUGAUCUGCUUCCCUUGCCUCAACAGUUACUGCCUGGACGUCUUCCGAGACAGGGCGGCCGAAGUGAUGGCUGGUAACUACUUCAUCCGGUACACAUUCGCUGCUAUCGGUACGGCAGUGGUUCUCCCGGGGAUUGAUGGGAUAGGUGUGGGUUGGUUCUCAACAGUGAGUGCUCUUUUCGUAGCGGUUUCGAGCGCUGCUGUCUGCUGUAUUGUCAUCUUCGGCACAGAGCGAACAACAGUGAACGAAAAGUCGGAACGGGUUUGA